CGGCUUCCUGCGAACACAGCGCAAGGGCCGGGACAGGGAAUGCGGCUAGGGCAUCUGGCUCCACAGAGCUCAGAACCUAGCCCAGCGUAACAGAACCCCGCAGUCAUCUGCAUACUGCUUUGCAUCUCAUUUACAUAACUCUUAAGCGAUUGAGAAGAGCCCCGGGAGUUCUCCAAUCCUCAGCCUCAAUAGCAGAAGGAAAGUGCAUCCUCACCACCCCACUUCUGCAAUAAUAUCCCAGUGCCAGCCUCUCCUCUGUGAUCCUUCAGGAUCAGAAUCAAAUCCCAUUGGCAGCCCAGGCGUGCAUGGAUGAGAGGGUGGGUGGAACAAUCCCCAUGUGAGUCUGAGGCGGGUAGCAAGUGGAUACCAAGAUAUUAGGAGAAGGGCAAGGCGCCUGCCUGCUUCCUCCGUGUAGGGCUGUAUUCAGCUAUCCCCAACAAUUCCAUCUCAGCAUGAAGCCGAGACUUCAAAAUCCCGCAGAGGCUGACUAGGUUCACCAACCCCUGCCGGAUAGCUAUGGAUGGAUGAGAGGAGAUUACUCUAACCUUCCACUCUGUGACCAUGGAGAAAGCCUCCUUGCCUCUGACUUUAACAUCUUACCCAAGGCCCUUUAAUCAACAACUCCCAGAGCCUCCAGACCCAAGAUGCAUCUUGGAACCCCAGGACAGCCUCGCCCUGGCCCCUGCUCUUGUGUGUGCCCUUUGCUGCUGCUUUGGAAUCAUCUACUGCUGCCUCGGCUACCGCUGCUUCAAGGCAGUGAUGUUUCUCUCCGGUCUGCUGUCAGGCGCUCUAGUGAUCUUCCUGCUGUGCCAUAAGGAGCGGGUGCUGGAGACACAGUUGAGCCUGGAGGUGAGCGCAGGCAUCGCCCUGGGCAUUGGACUCCUCUGUGGCCUGGUCACCAUGCUGGUCCGCAGUGUUGGGCUCUUUCUGACCGGUCUCCUGCUAGGUCUGACCCUGGGUGCUGGAACCUUACUGGGCACUGAACCCAUCUACCGGCCACAUUCAGCCUGGGUGCCAGUCGGAGGACUGAUAGGGCUGGCACUGCUGGGAGCCCUGCUCACACUUCGGUGGCCACGUCCGUUCACAGUCCUAGGCACAGCACUGCUAGGUGCUGCGGUACUGGUGGCCUGUGCUGACUACUUCUUGGAAGGACUGGCCCUAGGCACUCGGCUGGGUAAACGCCUGCAGGCACUUCCAGAGUUGCCUCCUCUUUGCUGGUAUAGCUGGGUCUUGCUGGGAACCUGGCCAAUCUUGGGGGCUCUUGGGACACUGGCCCAGUGGAAACUCAUGGCUGAGGAACGUGGAAGCCACACCAAUGUGAUCUUGAGCCACCAGCAAAGGCACCUCCAGCUCCUUCGGCUCCAUCAGCAAGAGUCGAAGAGGCACCGGACCCCUUCUGGGACAGGACUGUGUGGAGGCAGAUGUCGGAAUCAGCUUCCCCCCAACAUCCGGAGCCCUGCUCACAGGCCAGCUCCAAGUUAUCAGCAGAGUCUCCGUGAGCUUGAGCUGGUACCAAGCCCCCAGGCCACAGGCCCCCACACCGUCCUGGACCUUGAUUCUGACUGCAGCUCCACCGUCCUCCUUACCACACCUCACUGAGCCUAUCCUCCAGUGACACUGACACCCUGAUGAGGGUAGGAGAUUGCCAAGUGGAUACACAGGGCCUGAGCCCUUAGGACCCAUACAGAUUUCCCUACCUCUUGGACUUAGGGAUAGGUUCUGUGCCCAGAGCAGCCCUUUUGGAGAUAGUCAGAGGAAAUUCUCGUAAAGAUGGGGGAAGACUGAAAGGUACAAGCACCUACCUCCGUCCAGUAACAGAGGUGCCAUGGUCCCUAGAGACACUGACUCCAAACCUAGGAGGUGUGCCCAGAACAGCUUGUUAUCACUUUCUCUAAUGCUGAGGUGUAACCCAGAGCGAUGCCCAGAGUAGACAAGUGUUCUACCACUGAACUACAACCCAGUCUCAAAGACUUGUUUUGUUUUCGUUUGGGUUUUGGGGUUUUGGUUUGGUUUUUGGUUUUGGUUUUUUGUUUGUUUGUUUAUUUGUUUGUUUGUUUGUUUGUUUUUGGUUUGGUUGGGGUUUUGCUGUUUCAUGGCAGGACUUCUUUGUGUAACCUGGCUGUCCUACAACUCACUCUGUAGACCAGGCUGGCCUUGAACUCACAGGGAUCUGCCUAUCUGUGCCUCCCCAGUGCUGGCCACCACAUGCACCACCACACCCAGUGAUAGGGUUUUUGGCAGGAAGGAUGGCACAGAAAUGCUCCAAGAUCUCCCAGUCCCCAGGCUCCUUACUGGGGGUAACUGGGCUUCUGGUUGGCCUUUCUUCCUGGACCCUAUACUCUUGAAUCCUGCUACCUCGGUGGGAAGCUCCGUCUUCAAUGGUGCUCCCCCCUCUCCUCAAUGGAGGAAGACCGCAGCAUCUGCCUCAGCUACCCUCUCUCCAAAAGCUGGCUCCUUGUCCUUUUUCUCAGAGGAGUCUGGUCUUACGGCUGCACGGUAGUCAAGUGCCUUCUGUCUCUCAAAGUAGCUUUGCUCCUAAACCAGAAUUCGGGUCCAGCCAUUGACCAUUCUAACUCUCCCUCCUCUGACUCUCCUGACUGAAGUCUAUGUCCUGGUUUCCCAGACAUAUUACAGAAAACAUAACUUUCCCCUGAGCAGCAGAUCUGUAAUGACAGGGAGGAAGAACAAGGGAAUUCGGGAAUAAAAUGUCAUUGAAAAUUCAA